AUGGCAUCCCGCCAGAGUGUCGUAGAGUCCGGCAAUGAUCCGUCACCUCGUCGAUUCUCAUACCCGCGCGAAAGCCCCCCAGAGCCGAGUGCAAAGCCAUACCGCGACCAUCCCACCCCUCAUCCUCAUAGAUUCAGUGACGGUGCCUCUUACUUCUCCCCAAAGGACCCCGAUCCUCGCAGUCGACGUGCAAGUGAACAUAUUCCUCCCAAGUCCAACGUUGGAGAGACUCUCAGCGUCCAAGACUCCCGCCCUGCCUUCCCUUCGUGGUCAUCCUCCUUCGAAUCGUCCAUCUUGCCGUCCGACCUCCGGCAAGAACGAACGUUGAGCUCGCUCGAGGCUGGACAGAAUAAACCGCGUCGCGGCGGCGGGGUUGUAGCGUCCUUGAUCCAGUACGGGCUGGCGCGAGCUACAGGAAAUGGCGAAUGUAAAUUUGACGGAGAAAAGCAGGACAACGCGCUUAGCCGAAGCACCUCCUACGCAUCGGCCGACGGAGAUCUGGAGAAAGCAUCCAGUGGACGUCCUGCCGCUAGGUCGAAGCAGAGCUACCGAGACAAGUGCCUACUGAGGCGAGGUCGCAGACAGGCCGAAAUUGUUCGCAACGUCGAAUCAUAUGUCAAGCGACAGAAAUUCAUCCUGAAGCUUGCGAAGGCUCUACUCAGCUUUGGGGCCCCUUCCCACCGGAUCGAAUCGCAGCUUCACUCUGCCUCCGGGAUUCUCAAGGUCAACGCGGCGUUUGUGCACUUCCCCAACUUGAUCAUCGUCUCUUUCCUUGACUCAGACACGAGAACAUCGGAAACUCAUUUCGUCAGAGCCGGCGGACGCGUUGCCCUCACUGCUUUGCACAAGGUACAUCUCAUCUAUCGAGAUGUCCUGCACGACGACAUCAGUGCAAGCGAAGGCACCGAGCAGCUGAAGAAGAUUUUACAAGCGCGGCCGCUCUACAACAUCUACGUGCGCUGCGUGUUUGCUUUCAUAUGUUCAUCCAUCAUCUGCACCUUGUCGUUUGGCGGCUCCGUGGUGGACAUGUUCAUUAGCGGUGCCAGCGCGUCUCUUCUGCAGUAUCUCGGCCUGAAUGCUGCGUCGAAGAGCUCGAUCUAUGCAAAUGUCUACGAAAUUUCGGUGUCUAUCAUCGUUUCAUUCCUUGCUCGCGUUUUAGGUACUCUUCCUGGCAACAUAUUCUGCUACAGUGCCAUCUCGUCGGCCGGAGUGGUGCUCAUCCUACCUGGUUUCACUAUCUUGAUAAGUGCACUGGAGUUGACCUCCAAAAAUAUCAUGUGUGGCUCCGUCAGAAUGGUCUAUGCUAUCAUCUAUACACUCUUCUUGGGCUUUGGCUUGACCAUCGGCUCGGACUUCUAUCUCGUUAUCGACCGCGAUGCACGACGCAAUCUUGCGGUUUCCAGUAUGUUGGGCUCCGAGACGUAUCACGGCCAUAUCAUCGCGAACAACGACUCUCUGUCGCUAGCGUCUUUGGGUGGCACAUUCUCCUUCACAGAUGUUGCCGAAGCUGCGACCCAUGUUGUCAAAGGCUGUUAUCGCGAUCCGUCUUGGCCGUGGUAUAGGCAGGCCUUCCCGUGGUGGACUAUGCUCUUCCUCGUUCCGUUCUACUCCAUUUGUUCCUCUCUGGCGAACUUGCAGACCAUCAGAAGUGUUCAACUUCCUGUAAUGGUGCUGUUCUCCUGCGCUGCGUACGCCGCGAACAAAGGCGCCAGCUACCUCAUCUCGGGCCGAGGUGAUAUCGUCUCUGCGUUCGGUGCUCUCGUCAUCGGCCUCUGCGGCAAUCUCUACUCUCGAGUGGUCGGUGGUACUGCAUUCACCUCAAUGGUUACAGGAGUGCUAUUCCUUGUUCCGUCUGCUAUCGGAAAUGGAGGCGGCCUUAUACAAAAUUACGACAGUUCUUCCGCACAAUAUUCCAACAGUUUUGACCUCGGGAUCCGAAUGAUCGAGGUCGCUAUCGGAGUGACGAUUGGCCUGUUCGUCGCCCAGAUCAUGGUCUACACUUUGGGACGCCGAAAGAAUGCUGCUCACUUUGCUUUCUGA